AUGGCGGGUGCAGAGUGGGAACCUUUCAAGCUGGAGACCGAGCGUCUUUAUUGUUAUGAAAACAAGACAUUGCGUCAGGUCAAAGAUUAUAUGGCGUCCAAGUAUGACUUUGACAAGUCUAUACAACAGUACCAGAGGCAACUCGCGAAAUGGGGUUUCCGCAAAAACCCCACGCGACCGGGUGAUUGGGAGUUUAUCGGGCGACGAACAGAGAAACGAAAACGAAACGAUGAUAAGGAAAGCGAGGUUCAUGUCUGGGGUCGAGCUUCGGCCUGA